AUGCUUAGUGAAUAGAUAGUCAAUCCUGAACCUGGGAUAGCCACUGAAUUCGAGAAUAAACUAGUUUGUCAUAUAUGCGAUGAUGAGCUCGAACGUCCAAAUCACUGUGAUUUUUGUGGUAAAUCCACUUGUUCCAAUUGUAUAGUGAAGAGACGAAAAUCUAAAGAUGAUGCUUUUCAUCCAGUUUGUGAAUAUUGUGAACGUCUCUUCCUUGAACGCAUCCUCAUAUUAAGUGCCAAAAAGUAAAAGGAUGAUUUGGCAAAUUCUUUGGAUUAAGCAAAUACUGAAUUGGCAAAUAAAAGACAACAACUUUAUUCAUUUAAGAAUGUGUUUCACAAUAAUCCAGAAUCAACAACUUCAGAGCAGAAGAUUCAAAAGCUAGAUGAGGAUAUCAUUGAAGCCACAUAUCAAAAAAAUUUAUUAUUAUCCCAGCUGCAAGAAAUAGAAUCUGAGAAGAUAUAAAUUAAAUAAUCCAAUAUAGAAAAAGCCCAAAGUGUAGAUAUUAAAUAGGUGAAAUUACAGGAAACAACCAAUAAAGCAUAAAAAUCCAAAGAUGAAUUAGAAGACAUCUAAAGAUAGAUUGAUGAGUUCUUGGCGAACUUACCAAAUUUAGAAGCAGAAUAAAAGUCAGCUAUUACUUAGUUGGACUUCUCCAAUUACGAAUAAAUCUUUAGAGGCAGUAACUUACCUGAAUUAAUGAAUUAAUAAGCCAUCAAAUAGAGCUAAAUCAUGUAAUAGCCUAGUAGCAAGAAAAAAAAAGAGGACAACAAGGAGUGCAAUAUCUAUUGAUUCAUCUCAAAUAAUUGAUGUAUAAAUUGUCCCAUUUUGUAAUUAUAAUUAAACUCUUUAAUAAUCGAUCAUGU